AUGGCCGGACAGUCAAAGCAAGUGCGUCUCUCCCCCUGGGGAAGCGCCCUUGCAGGUGCAACUGGCGCCGUUCUCGCCAAUGCCAUGGUUUAUCCCCUCGACAUUGUUAAAACGAAGAUCCAGGUUCAAGUGAAGAGUCGAAAGGAGACGAACGACGCCGUUUCGCAAGCUACACCUCAUUAUGAUUCCACGUUAGACGCUAUCCACAAGAUCGUUCAGGCGGAAGGCGUGGGUGGUCUGUACAGCGGCAUUAACGGCGCCCUCAUAGGAGUCGCAUCGACCAACUUUGCAUAUUUCUACUGGUAUUCAAUUGUCCGCGCUAUAUAUAUGUCGUCCAGCCGUGCUUCGAAGCAACCGGGAACGGCUAUCGAGCUCUCACUGGGUGCUGUGGCUGGCGCCAUUGCGCAGAUAUUCACCAUACCGGUAUCAGUUGUGACGACGCGUCAACAAACACAGACAAAAGAAGAUAAGAAGGGCCUUUUGGAAACUGCUCAAGAAGUUGUCCAUGGCGAGGACGGCUGGCCUGGACUGUGGAGAGGCUUGAAAGCAAGCUUGGUUCUGGUCGUCAAUCCUGCUAUUACAUAUGGGGCAUAUCAAAGGCUCAAGGAUAUCCUGUUUCCCGGGAAAACAAACCUGCGCCCAUGGGAAGCAUUUGUGCUGGGAGCAAUGUCCAAGGCGUUGGCAACUCUUGCAACACAGCCAUUGAUAGUUGCCAAGGUCGGUUUACAAUCCAAGCCUCCCCCGGCUCGACAGGGAAAGCCGUUUAAGGGCUUCAUUGAAGUGAUGCAAUUUAUAAUUGAGCAUGAGGGCCCAUUGGCUCUUUUCAAGGGCAUCGGUCCUCAGGUACUCAAAGGUCUGCUUGUUCAAGGUCUGCUCAUGAUGACGAAAGAACGAAUGGAGCUUUUGUUCACUCUGUUCUUCGCCUUUGUGCGCAAGCUCAAAGAUGAGAGAUUGAAGAAGUAUGCGGAGAAGGCUGCCACAACCGCCAAGACGAGUCUUCCAGUGACGCUUAAAUGA